AAAGAAAUUCAUAUUCUUGGUUACACGUUGCCUUGAUCACUUCGGUCUUCAAUCUCAGACUAGCUGUACAAAGACAGUUCAGCAGUAGUAUCUGAGCUUUGGCAAGCUUCAACUUUCGAUAGAUCGAAGCAGAAAGAUUCAUCACUUCCGGUCAAGUCGUGAAAGUCUAACGUUGUACGAAAUCGUCAUCAGCAACUUCUCACUAAUUUCGCCUUCCAAAACUACCCCUCCCCGUUACUCUCUCUAAAUUUACUCAAAUGCCCCGUACACACUCUCACCUGCCACUCUCCACUUCCGACGAGUACUCCAAGACCGGAAAGACUAAAAGGCCCCUUCAAAUCCCAUCCCGACCUCGGACUCCCCUACCCAUUACCGUAAUUUCAGCUCUUUGCUUCCUCAUCGGCGUUGCCGGAAUCAGCCUCUUUCUCCUCGCCGUCCUCCGCCCCAGGCCCGCUCCAGUCUUCCGCUGUGGCCGCAUUCAGGACACUUUCAGGGCCUUCUAUUCUCUUUCCAGCGCUUGGCGACUCGGAGGAGGAGACUCCGGCGUCGGAAAUGCCACUGGCAUGGAGCGGCGGAAGCUGCUUGGGUUCGUCGGAAUUCAGACGGGGUUUUCCUCGGCAGAUCGCCGGGAGGCCUUGAGGAGUACUUGGCUCCCUUCUGAGCCUGAGGGUCUUCUUAGAUUGGAGCAAGCUACUGGUUUGGCAUUUAGAUUUGUCAUUGGACGAUCAAAAGACGCAAAGAAGAUGGCUGAGCUUGAGAAAGAGAUUGAGAAGUUUCAGGAUUUUAUGAUCAUUGAUGUGGAGGAAGAGUAUUUCAAACUGCCAUACAAAACGUUAGCAUUCUUCAAGGCUGCCUUUGAGUUAUUUGAAGCUGACUAUUUUGUCAAGGCUGAUGAUGAUAUAUAUCUUCGUCCGGAUCGACUUGCAACACUAUUGGCUAAGGAGAGAACCCAUAAACUCAGUUAUAUUGGCUGCAUGAAGAAGGGACCUGUGAUUACUGACCCAAAACUGAAGUGGUAUGAGAAAUCUGGACAUCUAAUUGGAAAUGAAUACUUCCUGCAUGCUUACGGUCCUAUCUAUGUUCUUUCUGCAGAGGUGGUCGCAUCCCUGGCAAUUGCAAGAAAUAACAGCUUGAGAAUGUUUAGCAAUGAGGAUGUCACAAUUGGCUCAUGGAUGCUUGCUAUGAAUGUUGACCAUGAAGAUAAUAGAGCAAUAUGUGAUCCUCGAUGUACUCCAACAUCAAUCGCAGUUUGGGAUAUCCCAAAAUGCUCAGGUCUCUGCAAUCCAGUUACAAGGAUGAAGGAGCUUCAUAACACCAGCAUGUGUUCUAAAAGUCCCACAUUGCCACCUGAUGAUAGAUAGGCAACACCAGCUACUGGCUGCCUUCUGCCCACGAUUACCUGGGGAAUGGCAUAUCUGCAUUCUCAUUCUUCCAAAUGCUUUUUGCUGUAUAGUGUAGUAUCUGCAGCUAACUAUAUCUUGUACUAUUUGUAAUCAUGAUAGUUGAUACUUCAAUCCAAACCUGUUUUGAGUAUACCCAAUUACGUUUCUUGUCAGGGCUGUUGCCAAUUAUGUAUCUUUUCAAGUUCGUAGUUUCUUAUCAGUCAAUCCCUCUUCCAGUCAACUAAAUUCAGGGCUUGUAUAAAGUAUCCUUGCUUGUAAAACAUAUCUGUUUUAUUUUUAGGAGAAUGUAUGAGCAGCUUUUUUUUUA